AAAAACAAAAAAAAUAGAAGUAUAAAUCGUAAAUCAAUGGAAACCAAACAGACAGGAGUAGAAGAGAGAGAAACACCAUCUCCAUUUUCAAAUUCUCUGUCGUUUUCGCUAGAAAGUUCGAUCUUCACAACCCCAGAUUUUGAUCACUCAAAUGCGACAUUUGUUAGAUCUUAAAUCUCUAUCCAAUUCAUCAAAGGAAGGGAAAAUUAUUCAAUUUCCUCUCCUGAACGAAAUUUCAUUUUGUAAAAGUAUUUUUUUCCUAUUUCUUGAGCUGAAAUACUCGUCUUUGUGGGAUCAUUUGUGGAUCGUUCCUGAUGCGACAGCGUAAAAUGUGCUAGUUUUGACAAGCAACAAAGCAAGUGAUAACAAGAGAAGAACGCGUUGACAUUUUGCUGAAUUUGACAAUGUCAUCGUUAUCCGCGAUCAGCGAAGAGCUCGGAGAAAUUGAAGGACAAAUUAGUGACAUAUUUCGAGCAUUAUCGAGGAACAAUGUAGUAAAGUGUGGCUUAAAAUGGGACGGCAACUGAAGGAGGCAGCAACGAAACAAAAGCAGCAGAAGGGUGCCUGUAGCUUCGCUCGACCUGCUGUUGGAAUAAAUGGGUUUCAGAAGUUGGAAAAGAUCAAGGAUUCAAGUAGACAAAGCAGGCAACUGGAAGAGCUAACUGAUAAGAUGCGAGAGUGUAAGAGGCUCAUUAAAGAAUUUGAUCGAGAGGUGAAGAAAUUGGAAGGACGAAAUGAUCCAAACACAAAUAAGACAAUGAAUGAGAAAAAGCAGUCAUUGAUCAAAGAGUUGAAUUCAUACGUUGCUUUGAAAAAGCAAUAUGCAACCAAUCUGGAAAACAAACGUAUUGAUCUGUUCGAAGGGCCUGGUGAAGGGGUUGGUGAAGAUAAUGUUUUGUUAGCAUCCGCUAUGACAAAUGAUCAGCUGAUUGACCAAGGAAACAGAAUGAUGGAUGAAACCGAUCAAGCCAUUGAUAGGGGAAAGAAGAUUAUUCAUGAGACAAUUGGCAUUGGACAAGAAACUGCCGAAGCUCUUAAAGCCCAGACCGAACAAAUGAGUAGAAUUGUUAACGAAUUGGACUCGAUAAAUUUCUCUAUCAAAAAGGCUUCAAAGCUAGUCAAGGAAAUUGGUCGACAGGUUGCUACUGAUAAAUGUAUCAUGGCCCUGCUGUUCAUGAUAGUACUUGGAGUCAUAGCAAUCAUUAUUGUGAAGAUUGUGAACCCGCACAACAAAGACAUCCGAGACAUUCCUGGAUUAGCACCACCUGCUCAAUCACGAAGAUUGCUUUGGUUCCAUAACUAAAGAAGAUGCUUCACUGCGCAGGUUCCUUAUUUUCAAUCUCUUGAUAUUAAUGUGAACUUUUGAAUGACUAGAUUUGACGCAUAUAGGUUUUUGGUACUGAAGUCCUUUGUUCAAGAUUAUAUUCAAACUGGCAGAAGUCUGGCAUUCUGUAUGAUAUUCGAAUCAGUCUUCUUACCACAUGCCAAGAAUAUAUAUUCUGUCCUUCACACGAAUACAAAUUCAGCAACAGCAUUGUUCCUUUGGUAGGAUUCAGCUGAGAAAUACAGUAAAUUUUAUGUGUCACGGCUAAUUAUAUUCGUUCAUAUGUCCUUAAAAUACGCGUAUUCACAUGAAUACAAGUUUUGUAAAAUCAAUACUACUUCCGGGCAAUAAUUCCAGCCUGCAUGUUGUACCUUUGUUGAAUCUUAUGUACCUGUGAGAAACUGGCAAUUAUAUUCAAUGGAGAUAAUUUGUCUUUUGCUUUGUAC